AUGGUUACCAACAACGACACCAGCAUCCAAACCGAGCAUCAACAGUCAGUAACAGCAGCAGCAGCCGGACCAGCGAUGGAUGUGGACUGUAACACUAGCAGUACAUCCGCAGCCCAAGUCCCCGAGGCGUCAUCAUCAGGUGUGGUAGGGACAAACGACGGCAGCAAAAAACCAAAACUGGAAGGAUUUCAGUUUUACGAGAAAACUCUGGGCUCACCGAAAUAUGUGGUGGCCCCCAUGGUGGAUGCCAGCGAACUGGCGUGGCGUUUACUGAGCCGCCGACACGGUGCCCAACUGUGCUACUCGCCGAUGUUCCACAGCAGCUGCUUCAGCAAGGACCCCAAGUAUCGUAAGGAUUCGCUGCAAUCGUGCCCCGAGGAUCGACCACUCAUCAUACAGUUUUGCGGCAACGAUCCGAAGGUACUGCUGGACGCUGCCCUGCUUGCUCAGGACCACUGCGACGCUAUCGAUAUCAAUCUGGGCUGUCCACAGGCGAUUGCCAAGCGUGGCCAUUACGGUGCCUUCCUACAGGACGAAUGGGACCUACUUAAGGAAAUCGUAACCACCCUCCACAAAAACCUCAGCGUACCGGUGACGUGCAAAAUACGUAUCUUCGAAGAUAUUAACAAGACCAUCCGGUAUGCCAAAAUGCUGGAAGCUGCCGGGUGCCAGAUGUUAACCGUUCACGGAAGAACCCGCGAACAAAAGGGACCCCUCACGGGAAUUGCCGACUGGAAAUAUGUUAAAAAGUUAAAAGAAAUCCUCAACAUUCCAGUGCUGUCCAAUGGUAACAUCAUGUGCGUCCAAGACCUGCACCGCUGUAUGGAGGAAACCGGCGUGAAUGGUAUCAUGACUGCCGAAGGCAAUCUGUUCAAUCCGUUCCUGUUUGAAGGAGUAAAUCCGACCGCUUGGAGUGUUGCUUACGAAUAUCUGGAUAUUGUCGAACAGUAUCCAGCACCGAUCUCGUACAUUCGGGGGCAUCUCUUCAAGAUUAUGCAUCAUUUAAUGAAUUUGAAUACGAACGCCCCGCUUCGGGAGAGAAUGGCUCUAUGCCAUAGCGUAGCCGAGUUCCGAGCGAUCGUCAAAGAGCUGGACGACAAGUACGCUCCAUUCCACGAAGGUCGCCAACAGUGGACCGGAGAGGAAACCAGUCUACCACCGACGGAAUCCUGCGACGAGUUAGACUACAACCUGUCCCUGCCGCCAUGGUUCUGUCAACCGUACAUCCGUGCCCCACCGGAGGUGCACCGGCAGAAACUCCAGGAAGCCACCCGGCUGGCUUCCGAUCCCAACCGCGAGAAACGUCAGUUCUACGACCCGGAAGGGAACGAAAUUUCCCGCAAGAAAAUGAAGAAAAUGAAACGCGUCCAGAGAAGACCGAAUCGGGCCGGUCGCCUUCCGGGGGAUCCGAAUCGAGAGCCGGGGAGAAGAUUCGACGAGAUUUGCAAAAAUGAGAAGAUUGAAUGUACUAAUCCGAUGGGUUUGAAAUGUGGCCACCGGCUGUGCCGCGUCUGCUGCAAGAAUCAAUGCUUUCACGGUAAUCAGGAUUGCGUUGGACAUAAAAUUUUCAUCAAAUCACGUCGAGACAAAGCGAGGACGCUCACCGAAAAGGAGAAGCAAGCUGCCAAAGGUAAUGAAGACGGACAGUCACCGCCGGUGCAGCACAAUGGCCAGCCGGAGAAGAUGGAUGUUGAAAGCUGAUAUUAUUCAGGUUGAAGCGGAGAAGGUAGGGGUGUUUGUUUUUGUUCUUUUCUAUUUUGAUGGAUAAUGUUGAUUCAAUCAACGGAAUAAGAUGAUUAGAGAGUUAAAUGUUUUAAACGCAAAA